CGAGCAACUUCACCGGACUGGGUACCUUCAACCGGGUCCUUGAGCGUUGAGAUACCCGGAAGCGUUCAGCUUGUACCAAGGUCAUGCUACGAGGGCUUUCAGCCUCCUGACGACCUACCGAUCUUACCAGAGUGGAAGGCUGUUCAGACUCUUUCUCCAGCCUUGGCGGAAAGCACGCAAGAUUUUGACGAGAUCAUGCUGGACGAUUUUGCGAUAUACCUUGAUAAGGAGAGAUGCUCACAGGAAAUGCGAUCUCUACACCAGCUCAAUACCAAGAUUGGACACAACGACUUCUACUUUGACGGUGUUCUCCGCAUUGGCGAUACCAGGACGUAUGUGCGCCGCAUUCCCAUCACCGCGGUUCCCAUUGGCAACUACGGCUCAAUCUCUUAUCACACUGUCCGAGACAACAUCUGGCUGCAAUCUCCUCUGAGCUACAAACGGGAGCUAUAUUACAGGUUGGGGAAGCCGGCCAAGGAAUAUGCACGCUUCUUUUACCCUUUCUUAUGGGUGGCGGACCUGGCGAAGCACUUUGUGGACUUUCUCUCCAUCAUGGCGGAGAACGAGCGUAGUGUUUCCAUACACCACUUUCGAUCUACUUUUGCAGCAUGGAUGAAGAAGAGCCACAAGGACUCGCCCGAGUUUUUCAGCUGGCUACGCCAACACCCGAGCGAUGACUACCGGACUUCGAUAGCCGCCAACAUAGGGUUUCUCCAUAAAGAGACUCUGGGGGUGUUGAACCAUCGAGAGGCGUAUUCCCAUGCUAUCUGGGCGGAGAUCUGGGAAUUCCAAUCCUUUACAUCAAUCACGAGCCAGCCCAAGACUGAGACUCCGCCGCCGACGAUUGUUACGCAAUACAUAUUUGACUGCUUUGAACAUCUUCCUUUUGGCGAUCGCCUCAAGGUUGUCCCUCUGAGUUCACGGACCACGGAGCUCCGCAACAGCUUGAUCCGACAGCGGCACCUAGAGCUUCCGUCAAAGCUGCACCAGACAUCUAAGGACAUCUCUACGGCGCCACAAGAGCGGAUCAAGAAUAUCCGGCCAGGCGACACAAUCUCAACCCAUCGCGACGACGCAGAGUCCGGCACAUUGUGGAAACGAGAAUUGUCCAAAGGCUUCUCUGACGUGGACAGAUGGUUUGCGCUGGUGCAGUCGGUUCACGUUGACAGAAAAGGGGUGCGUACCUUUGAUGUGAUAUGGUAUUACAGACCCGUGGACACGCUCUGCGGGUUGAUGAAGUAUCCGUGGAACAACGAGCUGUUUCUCUCAGACCAUUGCUCUUGCUCCGAGAAAGCCAAGAUCGAAGAAAGCGAGGUUCUCGGUGUCCAUGGCGUUGACUUUUGGGGCACCUCAGCAACAAGCGCCGAGCUCUUUUGCCGGCAGACCUACCUUCAAGAAGAGAGGAGAUGGGUGACACUGGAUGGGAAGCACCUGCAAUGUAGGCACACUUCACCAAUACCAGAUGAUGAAAUGCCACUCGAGUAUCAGCCAGGGAAGACACAUCUGCUUCGUUUGAACUUGAAAAGUCCAUUUUCCGAGCCUUGUGAGUUUAUGCACGCGUCUGAUGAAGGAAGCCGAAGGUUGUAUUACUUCAGGCGACUAUUGCGGCGCCGCCAGGUUGACCCAAACGCUCGCGAGGCGCGGCCAAAUGAACUUGUAUACAGCGAGCAGACCUGCAAAGUCAGCAGGGAUCGAAUCAUGGGCCCAUGUUCAGUGAGAUGCUUCCGAGAUGGAGAGAUGAUCCCUACGCCGUAUGACCACGACGGCACGGGCAACCUCUUUUACAUCACUCACCGACAGGUAGCCGCCAAUGGACAUUCGGUAUAUGUGCCGCUUGACGAAGCACCGUCCUCUCUGCAGCAAGGCUUUGAUCCUCUCCAGAAGUUGCAGAAGCUUCGCGGGAUGGAUCUCUUCUGUGGAGGCGGUAACUUUGGCAGAGGGCUUGAAGACGGCGGAGGAAUCGAGAUGAAAUGGGCAAAUGACUACGACAGCAAGGCUAUCCACACGUACAUGGCCAACGUCAAAAACCCUCAAGACGUCCACCCGUUUCUGGGCUCCAUUGACGACUUACAGCGCCUUGCCAUUCAAGGCGACUUCGCGGACAACGUACCCCUAAUUGGAGACGUUGAUUUCGUGUCCGGUGGCAGCCCAUGUCCUGGAUUCUCACGCCUCACCAACGACAAGACGACGGCAGCGCAAAGGAAGAACCAAUCGCUUGUUGCGGCGUUUGCGUCCUUUGUUGAUCUCUAUCGGCCCAAAUACGGCGUGUUGGAGAAUGUACCUGGGAUGGUCCACAAGAAGCACGACCGAGACCGAGACGUCUUCAGCCAGCUCAUCUGCGCCCUAGUCGGCUUGGGCUAUCAGACGCAAUUCUUCUACCUGGACGCAUCGUCAUGCGGGUCGCCGCAGCGCAGAUCACGCAUCUUCAUCGUCUUUGCUGCCCCGGGACUCGAGCUGCCCGACAAGCCGGUGCAGACUCACUCACACCCCCCUAACACAAGGGAGCAUGGGAUCGGGUGGCUGCCCAACGGCCAGCACAUGGCAAGCCGAGAAAUGCCGGCAGCAACGCCCUUCAAGUUUGUCUCUGCGGAAGAAGCGACCGCCGACCUGCCGCCCAUCUACGAUGCCAAGCCCGAUAUAUGUGUUCCUUUCCCCGAUCACCGCUCAACCUUGGGUAUGUCAGACUUGCUGCGAGCUCGGAUAUCGGUCAUACCGACACGACCAUGGGGCAUGAACUUUUCGCAAGCGUGGUUCGGGGAGAGGAAGGUCGGCGGCUCCAGCACGAUGACGGCAGCCGAGCGCGAGUUCUUCAUCGGGACGAAAGGCGAGGGCAAGCAGCCCAUGUCGGUGCAGCCCUACUCAAAUUCGUACGGAAGGAUGUUCCCCAACAGGCUCUUUGAGACUGUGGUGACGAGGCAGACGCUGGGCGACGCGAAGAACGGGCGACUGCUCCACUGGCGAGAGAAUAGGCCCGUGACCAUCAUGGAGGCGCGCAGGGCGCAGGGCUUCCUCGACGAAGACGUGCUGCUCGGGGACCCCCCGACGCAGUACAGGAUUGUAGGCAACAGCGUCGCGAGGCAGCCUGCUGUGGCUCUCGGUGUGACGUUUCGCGAAGCGUGGGUGGCGAGCCUG